AUGAUUCUCACGAAGCAGUACCGAUGCAUACACUCAGCUAGCUGUCAAUGUACUAAAGGGCAUUUGAGUGAAGAUGUGAUAUUCUUAGUAUUUCAUAAUUUGAAUUGGAAUCCCAAACUAAUUGCUACUCUGUCAUGUGUUCGCAAAUUGAUUGAUGAUCUUGCCAAGCGAGUUCUAUGGAAAGAGUUUUGUCAAACAAGAGCUCCUAAGAUGUUGCAUGAUCUGCAAUCUAGUGGGAGCCACAUUGUUGAUGGGAAUUGGAGGGCCCUGGGGAAGUUGCUUAUAUACUGUUCAGGAUGCAAUAAAGGUGGCUUGUUCAAUAGCAUUCAUAUCCCUAGUCACUUUGUUUAUCAAACUCGAUUUUCUAGAACAUCAGGAAAGAGCUUUCUUUUGCCACAAUGCAGAACUGAUGUUUUAUAUGUGUUUGAUCCUUGUGAGCAUCUUGACCAAGGUGAAGAGGGAGAUGUAGGAUUCUUCCGUGGAGAUUUUAAGUCAUUUGCAACCUCAAAGGUCAGGAAGAUGCUUAUUAGUAAAGGUGCCAAGCUCCAUCCAAUCGAAGUCUGCCCUUAUUGUAAGGCAAAGUUGUGGAGCAUGUUGCAGGCCAAAAUGAUCCCUCAAAGUGGUAGUUGCAGGUUGGGUUCUUAUGAACAUUGUAUUGAGUAUUUUGUGUGCCUCAAUGGUCACAUGCUUGGGAUAUGUACCUUAUUACCAUUGUCUGUAUUGAGCAUCUUGAGUAUUUUAGUGUUAAGGACCAAAUAG